AUGUCCCAAACCCUAACCCUAGUUCUCCCAACCCUCUUUCUCUCACCGGAAAAUCGACUCAAUUCCGCCCCUUUCCUAAAAUUCCCAUCAUCUCCGUCGUCUUCUUCCUCCUCCAAUCGAAGCAGACGAAGCUCCGCCGUCAAGGCUUUCACGGUAACGGAAAGACCCAGAGUUAAAUCCACCAUUACCGGAAGCUUCUACGACGUCCUCAGAGUAAAGCAUAACGCUUCUCAGACUGAAAUCAAAAUGGCUUACCGGAAUCUAGCCAAGCUAUAUCAUCCAGAUGUUGCUGAAGACGAAGAUGAUUCGAUCUCUGAUGGGCUUGAUUUCAUCGAAAUUCAUAACGCUUAUGCUACGCUUUCUGAUCCUUCGGCUAGGGCUAUGUAUGAUUUGUCUUUGGGUAACCAUUUUCAGAGAUCACCGUUGUCUUCUUCUUCUUCUUCGUAUGGGUUUACGAGUUCAACUCGGAGAUGGGAAACUGAUCAGUGUUGGUAGAAAUCAAACAGUCUUCUUCUUCUUCUUCAAUUUGGGCUAAUGUGUAAUUUUUUUAAAGUUUUGGCCUUUAAUUCAAUUUUUCUUUUUUACUUUAACCCCUCAAAAAAUGGAACCUUGUAAAAAAAAUGCUAUUUUUGAGAAUGGCAUUGUGAGAAAUUUUAUGUAUAUACUGAUUCUACUUCUUCA